UGCCGAUCGCUCCCUUACGGGCCUAGCUUGGACCCUGCACGACCCUAAUACGUCAGACGUCCAGCUCCCGACAACCUUGGUUCAACUGAAAUCCACAGCAGCCUCCUCGACAAGUAUCCUCUGUCUUGUUUCGCGUCCACAUUCGGCGCCUGAGUUAAAUAUUGAUGAACACCAUGUCAUCGAAAAGCCAGUCUCCUGGUCCGAGUGUAGCUACGUCACAGCCGAAGCAAGCGAAACCGAAGAAAGCUGCAGUUUCGGUUCCGGCUGAACCGAAUGUGGCUGGGAGGGCGGGUUCAGCGGGCGGCGUUUUGCUAGAGAAGGAGCGUACUGCAAAAGGAUCAGGUUCUGGCCCGAUUCAGAAGUCGACUGCUAAGCCUACAGCUUCUACGUCUGCAGAAGUCAAGGGUAAAGACGCAGCAACCGCACCGAACGCAGCGGCUUCGAUAGGUCCAAAUCGACAAAGGAGGAGACCUAGAAAGCUCAACAGAGAUGUUCCCACCCAGGAUACACCUCCUGCUGCUGUGGCGACGUCCGUUACGCCAGCACCAGCCACCGAGCUUGAAGCCUUGAAAUCUCGUGUUCGAGGGCUCGAAGCAAAGGUUGAGGAGCUUUACCACUCAGCAGAGGGGAGGAAUCGCUCACCCCGCCGACGUGGCAAGAGCCGUAAGAACUCGUCCACCCACUCAGUUCCCACAAUCAAGAAUACUUCCGCUGGGAACGAACAAAGCGAAGAAGAAGAGGCGGAUGAAGAGCUUGUCCGAGUUGAAGAAGAGCUGGAGAGUGCAAGGCGGGAUCUAGAAGUAUAUCAGCCUCGGAGCAGGCCCAAGGGGAAGAGGACCACAUCGGGAGAAACAGAAUACAUUGAAGAGAUCCCACGAGGCGAUGGCGAAGGGAUCCUGAACAAUGAAGGACGCCAAGUCACCCUCAGCGGUAGCUACCGUAUUCCACUCCCUGCUACACUUGACAUGAAAGAUGUGAAGACGAUCCAGUCUGGUGUUUCGGCAGCACAAAACGUGGCGAGAUCAUUCCUUGAACAACGCCGAGCUGCUCGCGCGACGUCGUCCACUCAGCCUGCUCCAGGUGCGGCGUCGACGAGGCCGACGAAUGCUACGCCCAAGCCUAGCAGAAAGACGAGCAGUAUGGAAGUCACAAAAGAAGCAGAUGGGAAGAGCUGGAGCGAGUGGUUUGGUGGGUACAGUGUGGCCAUCAGCAGGGCAGUGAAGACCAUUGAGGCAGAAGCUGCGGUUGAGAGUCAGAGGGUACCAGUGAGUGCACCAGGGACGGGGUCGGGGACAAAGAAAGCAUCGGGGAAGAGACCGACUGCGAGGGGCCGGCAGAGUGAUGGUAUUGCUUGAAUCAGCGCAUGGAGUACACGCAGGCUGCAUCAGCGACGCGGGAUCAAUGCGGACCAGGCUCUGUGCUAUGUAGCGUUGCGGCUUGUGCUACGAUACGUAUAAUAAGGGUACGAGUUAUGUAUGAUUAGGAGUCCUCGGAGGCGUUGGUCAAUUCUCAAGGUUAUGCGCAUGGUACCAGGUCGAAUGAGUAUUGCCCCGCAUU